GCUCGGGCACGAAAGUUGGGGAUUUUGGUUGUGGAUGCACCUUCUAUGGCGGUAGAAGGAGGGAAUGAAUCUGUCAAUCAAAGUGUUGCAAACAUUCAGGCAGAAGAACGAGUGAGGAAGAUCUCCUCUGAUCUGAGGCUGUGUACGAAGAAGAAGAUCAAGAAUAAGACCGCUGCUUCCAAAGACCUGCUGGAUAUUCUUGUGGGACCUGUGGAACCAGAUGAUUUUUUAAAAGCAGCAGCUCAGGGAAAGAUGGAAGCAGUUGAGAAAUUUCUGGGAGAUGGAGGAGAUCCAAACACCUGUGAUGAGUUCAGGAAAACAGCACUGCAUCGGGCUGCUCUGGAAAAUCAUGCUAAAAUAGUGGAAGAAUUACUGGACAAAGGUGCUGAUAUCAACUUUAAAGACAGGCUGGACUGCAGGGCUGUACACUGGGCUUGCAGAGGUGGAAGUCUCUCAGCUCUGAAAAUUCUUCAGGACAGAGGAGCUGACAUCAAUGUCAGAGACAAACUGCUUAGCUCACCUUUACAUGUGGCCACUCGGACAGGUCACAGCGACGUGGUCCAGCAUCUUCUAGCCAGUGGAAUCAAUAUUAAUGCCAAAGAUUGGGAAGGAGACACAGCUCUGCACGAUGCUGUCAGAUUAAAUCGAUAUAAAAUCGUCAAACUCCUUAUACUGGCAGGAGCCAAUAUGCAGAUCAAGAACGCUGAAGGCAUUGCAGCCACUGAACAGGUGAAGCAAUGGCAGUUUGACACUAAGGAGACACUGGAGAAACUGGAACAGAUGAGAGAGGUUGGUCUGGUGGAGAUGCAUUGGAUUCAUUAGAGCCUCGGUGAACAGGUGCACAGCUGGAGAACAACCCCACCUCUGUCUGAGUA